AUGGCCAAGUUGGUAAGGCACCUCACUAGUAAUGAGGAGAUCGUCAGUUCGAAUCUGGCUGGAGGCAUCUCUUUUUUUGCCGCGUACGACAGAAAUAUUUGCUAG